ACCUUUUCAAUUAUUUCCACAUUUAUCCUCACCCUCUUCUCAACGAUUCUCAGCAAAGUGUCUUUCCGUCCUCUCCCAACCAAAUUCACUAAACCGGCCCAACCCAAACUGACCCGAAAUAUCGGAUUAGUAGAGAGAGUAAAAGAAUGGUGUCCGACUCGGAGCUAAUCGGAAGGCUAAGAGAGUUUCUCCGAAAUUCGGACCUCGACACCACGACAACCGGUAUCGUCCGCCGGCAGCUAGAGGAAGAUUUCAGCAUUGAUUUAUCGGAUAAGAAGGCAUUUAUAAGGGAACAGGUGGAUUUGUUUCUCCAAAGCCAGUUUGAAGAACAAAGCGAAAAUGAAGAAGAAGGUGGGGAAGGAGGAGGAGAAGAUGAUCAGGCGGCUAAUGUUAAAUCAGAGGAAACCGAAGCCUCUGAUUCUAGGGAGGAAGGUGAUGGUAAUGAUGAAGAAGAGGAAGAAGAAGCAACGGCGAGUAACGGAAAAAAUAAAGCAAACCGGAGAUCUAACACACAUAAUAAUGAAGGCAAGAAAAGAGGGGGUGGUUUUAGCAAAUUAUGUAACCUUUCUCCCCAACUUCAGGAAUUCAUUGGGGUGCCUCAAUUGGCAAGAACAGAGGUUGUCAAGCAACUGUGGGCUUACAUUAGAGAGAAAGAUUUGCAAGACCCAAACAAUAGACGAAACAUAAAUUGCGAUAAACCAUUACGUGCGCUUUUUGGUGUUGAUUCUAUCAACAUGUUUCAAAUGAAUAAAGCCUUAUCAAAGCAUAUUUGGCCCUUGGAUUCACAAGAUGUCGAGCCAGCACCAAAGGAAAAGCAGCGCAAGCAAGAGAGAGAAGAAGGACUGGAUGAGCCAAAAAGAAAAGAAAAACGACAGAAAGGAGAAAAAUCGAAAGGAGAAAAAUCAGGUUUUCUUGCUCCCCUCCAACUUUCAGAUGCUCUGAUAAAGUUUCUUGGUACUGGAGAAAAUGCAUUAUCUCGGGCUGAGGUUGUCAAGAGAAUGUGGGAAUACAUAAAGCAGAACAACCUCCAGGACCCAUCUGACAAGAGGAGAAUCAUAUGUGAUGAGAAGCUGAAACAACUGUUUGAUGUUGACUUCUUCAAUGGCUUCACUGUUUCAAAACUCCUGUCUGCUCAUUUUGUAAAAGCCUAACUGUGAGUUAGUCUCCGGCUCAGUUCUGACUAAGCUCCAGAGAAAAUGGGUUGUUGCCUACAUUUUUUUUCCAGCCCUGUUUUCUCGGUACUUUUUCUUUAUUAUGCAUUUUUCCCUCCUCUCUUUUAUAGGAGCAAUAACAAUACUAGAAAUCUGCAAUUUACAAUUUUAUAGGUGCUUUGACAUUUUCUCAUCUCCUCAUAUAAAUUGGAUUGAUCACCUUCGAUGAUUUUGUCCCUUUUUAUAUUGUGGCUUCGUGCACCCUGCAAAGUCGAGUAUGAUUCUGUUUAUUUUUAUUACAAGCUCGACAUAAAUCAAGUUCAGGUUUUUGUUAA